AAAAUAAUUAUAAUUAAAGUGGAAUAACAUAUUUUUAAAUCUAAGACCAUGGCUUAUUAACACAAUAAAGCGCUUACAUAAUAAUAUGUUUCUUUUUAUUACCCAACUAAUAGUAUUUGAUAAUUGUUAAUAGUUUUGUUUUUUUUAAAGAGUAUACAUGAAAAUCGAAUGAUACCAGAUUUUGUGUUGAACUAAAUAAUACUUAAACAGUAACUAUAACAAUACGUUAGCGGUUAGCAUCUGGUUGAAAUUAGUUGCUGUAUUACUUAUUAGAUUUGUAUUAUUCAUCAAGCAGAUUCAAUGGAUUAUAAAUUUCCAAAGGAAUUUAUGUUUGGUGUUUCAACGGCCGCAUAUCAAAUAGAAGGAGGCUGGAAUGAAGAUGGAAAAGGAGAAAAUAUUUGGGAUCAUUUAGUUCAUACUAGUCCGGAAUUAAUAAGAGAUGGAACUAAUGGAGAUAUUGCCUGUGAUUCCUACCACAAGUAUAAAGAAGAUGUAGCGCUUGCAAAAAAUUUAAAUGUGAAAGUUUAUCGUUUUUCUAUAUCAUGGGCUCGAGUAGCGCCAUCUGGAGUAAUGAAUUCUUUAAAUCUAAAAGGAAUAGCAUACUAUAAUCACCUUAUUGAUGAACUUAUCAAAAACGAUAUUAUUCCAUUGGUUACAAUGUAUCAUUGGGACUUACCACAAUAUCUACAGGAUAUUGGAGGUUGGGUUAAUCCAAUUAUGUCAGAUUAUUUUAAAGAAUAUGCAAGAGUGUUAUUUACUCACUACGGAGACAGAGUUAAAUGGUGGAUAACAAUCAAUGAACCAAUGGAGGCUUGUAAAGGUUAUGCCAUUAAAGGCUAUGCCCCAUAUUUAAAUUUAAACAAUACCGGAUAUUAUUUGGCAGCGCAUACACAACUUAUUGCACAUGGAAAAGCCUAUAGGUUAUAUGAAGAGAUGUUUAAGUCUACUCAACAAGGAAAAAUAAGUAUUUCAAUAAAUGGAGUAUUUUUCAUACCAAAAAAUCCUAAUUCAGUUGAUGAUGUAAAGACUGCUGAAAGAGCUAAUCAAUUUGAGAGAGGACUGUUCAGUCAUCCAAUUUAUAAGGGAGACUAUCCACCAAUAAUGAGAAGAUGGGUUGAUAAAAAGUGUAAAGAAGAAGGUAGACCAUGGUCAACAUUACCAAAAUUUACUGAAGAUGAAAUUAAAUUAAUUAAAGGUACUGCUGAUUUUUAUGCUCUCAAUCAUUAUUCUUCUCGUUUGGUAACUCAUGGAAGUGAUUCAGAUCCUCAUUAUAAUCCAGACGCAGAGUAUAUUACUUCAGUAGAUGAAUCAUGGUUAAAACCAUCGGUUGCACCGUGGCUUAUACCAGUACCUGAUGGAUUAAGACAACUUUUAAUAUGGUUAAAAGAUGAAUAUGGAAAUCCUCCUUUGAUUAUAACAGAAAAUGGAUAUGGAGACAACGGUCAAUUGGACGAUUUAGAUAGAAUUAACUAUAUGAAGGGCUAUUUAAAUGCAACAUUACAAGCAAUGCAUGAAGAAAAUUGCAAUGUUAUAGGAUUUACUGUUUGGUCAUUGUUGGAUAAUUUUGAAUGGAUGGAUGGCUUUUUAAUUCAUUUUGGACUUAUUAAUGUAGAUUUUAAUGAUCCUCAAAGAACUCGUACACCAAAAGCAUCAUAUAUGUUUUUCAAGAAUCUGGUAUCAACUGGUCAAUUGACAUCUUAAAUUAGUAAAACACCUUGAGCUGAAUUAUGAAAAAAAAUGUAAUUUAUUAUUACAUGUAUUCAUCAAUUUUUUAUAAAUAUACUACCCGUAACAAUUUAUUA